AUGCCCUCAGCCAUUGUGAUUAGACAAAUCGAAGGCAAGCCAGGACAAGUCUACUACCCUCUCGAGAAGAUAACCGUUCCCGAGCCGAAGCCAAAAGACAAUGAUGCCGUCAUAACCCUCACAGCAGCUGCGCUAAACCACCGCGACCUAUUCAUCCGCCAACACCUCUAUCCCGGUACCACCUUCGGCGUCCCCCUUCUUGCAGAUGGCGUCGGCGUCGUCAGCUCGACCGGCACGUCUUCCACCGCGAAAUCAUGGCUCAACAAGCGCGUGCUCCUAAACCCCGGCACGGGCUGGAAGGAUAGCCUCGAUGGCCCAGAACAUCCCAAAGGAUACUCGAUAAUGGGUGGCACCAAGAGCAACCCUGUGGGUACGCUGCAAGACGUAUGUGUGCUAGACGCGGGUGAAUUGGAAGAAUGUCCCGAGCACCUCAACGACGAGGAGGCUGCCGCGCUUCCUCUAACCGGCCUCACAGCCUGGCGCGCGUUCUGGGUCAAGAGCGGAAACGCAGUUGCGGGGCGGAAUAUCUUGGUUACAGGCAUAGGAGGCGGUGUCGCGCUCAUGGUUCUGCUGUUUGCCGUGGCACAGGGCUGCAAUGUGUAUGUAACAAGUGGGAACCAGGAAAAGAUUGACAAGGCGGUCAAGCUGGGUGCCAAGGGUGGUGUGAUUUACAAGGAGAAAGACUGGGACAAGAAACUGCAGGCUAUUUUGCCAAAGGACAGACAAUAUCUCGAUGCUAUCGUCGAUGGUGCAGGAGGUGAUGUCGUCAAAGUGGGCAGUAAAAUACUCAAGGCUGGAGGAGUCAUCUCCAUCUACGGCAUGACCGUAUCUCCCAAGAUGGACUUCCUCAUGUCCGCUGUGCUGCGCAAUAUUGAAGUGCGCGGCUCCACUAUGGGCUCGAGGAAGGAAUUCGCCGAUAUGGUCCGGUUUGUUAAGGAGAAGAAGAUGAAGCCUGUUGUAAGCCGCAGUGUGCAGGGCCUGGAUAUUGAAAAGAUCGAAACGCUCUUUGAGGAUAUGAAGAAUGCCAGUCAGUUUGGCAAGUUGGUUGUCACGCUGGGGCAGGGCAAGGAGAGUAAGCUGUGA